ACCUCUAUCGAUUUACGCAACUGGUAGCUUUUUAUAGAGGAAGCUGCAAAAUUCGACAGAACGCGGCUCUCACAAGAUGUCGACUUCCUGUUUCCUGUGAGUGACGUAUGUAUUGACUGGAGAGCCGUGCUGUAUUAAAAGUUAGCGCUAGUUAGCUGCCAGUCACUUCAAUGUUUUUUAAGGCGAAAAAGAUACUUAAAUGAAUUAUAAAUAAGAAGUGAUGUGAAGUCUCAUUAACCGAAAUCUUGACCUCGGGGAGAGAACUAUUUCGGCUAAUUGUUAUUGUUGGUUGCCGGUUGUCUAAACGUCAAGUGGCUAAUGCUGUAAAUAUCGUAGUGUUAUAGUGUAAGUGUAAUAUUGUAUAUACGUUCUGGUUGUACGGCAGUAAAUGUAAUAGUCUGCGAAACAACAACAUUGUCAUUCAGUUUAUUACUUGGGUUGUCGCAAAUGUUUAGUCCAAGCGGUAGCUAGCUAAGCUAAGCUAAGCUAAGGCGCCGUUAGCUUGAGUCGAGCGAGCUGGGGUCAGCUGACAGGCGUCAGUGAGCGUCAACGGCAGUGAUGGAUCAACUCAAAGUCAAGGACCGAAUUCUGGAAAAUAUCUCUCUAUCCGUCAAGAAGUUGCAGAGUUACUUUGCAGCAUGCGAAGAUGAGACUCCAGCCAUCAGAAAUCAUGAUCGUGUUCUACAGCGGCUGUGCGAGCAUCUUGAUCACGCUCUCUUGUAUGGGCUUCAGGAUAUUUCCUCGGGCUACUGGGUUCUAGUUCUUCACUUCACGAGGAGCGAGGCUGUCCGUCAGAUUGAUGAGCUUCAGCACAUAGCCACAAACCUCGGUCGAAGUCGGGCCUGGUUAUACCUGGCAUUGAGUGAGAGCUCUUUAGAGAGCUACCUGCGUCUUUUCCAAGAGAACCAAGGACUGCUACAGAAGUAUUACUUCAAAAAUGCUUUGGUGUGCAGUCAUGACCACCUCACACUCUUCCUCACACUGGUGGCAGGGUUGGAGUUCAUUCGAUUUGAUCUGGAGCUGGAUGUGCCCUAUUUGGACGUGGCCCCUUACAUGCCAGACUACUACAAACCACACAACUUGUUGGACUUUGAGGAAAGGCUGCCCAGUUCGGACAGUUUAUCCCUGCACUCCUUCACCUCCCUGACUUCCACCAACCUGGAGUGGGAUGACAGUGCCAUCGCUCCCUCUAGUGAAGAUUAUGAUUUCGGUGACAUCUUCCCCGUGUUGCAGGCAAUGCCAAGUGCAGACUGGGAAGAAGGCGACCUCACCGACCAGGCGAGCUGCCCAAGGUCCAGUGGCUCCGAUCCCCUGACCGUCAUCAGUGACUCUGUGGUCUUAACGGCCGGCACUGUUAAGGUGAAGGGGGGCGCUCACCUAUCUCCACACAGUCCCACAUUUAGACACAACCCCUUCAAUGAGGACUCGGACGCCUACACCUCCGCUGACAUGACGCCGGUUCAUGUAUCUCGCUGUCACGUCACCACUGCUGGAGAUGAUAGUGAGAGAACCAACAACGAGCUGGAAGUCAUUCGAAUGGCAAGAAGAAGGAGAUCGGGCAAGAAACGACGUGGGAAGAGCUCCACAGAUUCCAUCAGCAGCAUCCACAACUCUUUAUCAUCUGAGCACAUAGAAAUGGACAAUGCCUUCCACAGCUCAGAGGAUGUAGAUUAUUUGAACUGCACUGUAAUCAACAUUGACUGUGAAACGGAAGCAAGGAGGAGCAGGGCCGGAACAGAGGUGGUGGAGGAACAUGACGAGGACAGUGUGGAAGCCCUGCUCAGGCUUCCUGAGAUGACCGACACCUCCAUGGAUAGUGUUGGCCAGCCCCUCCGCGAUGUCAUGGACAGACUUAAUGGUGUUAUGGAUGGAGAAGAGGUCUGGGACCACCCCAAGUAUGAGACAGAGAAACAAGGAGGUGAAAGGGGACCAGAGCCUCCUGCUCAGCAGCCCUUUCGAGAGGAUUCUGGGGGCGAGCCUCCUGACCCAGCCUCAGGAGAGCGUUGCCCUGACGCUGUUGCCACAAGCUCAAUCCUGCAGGCCUCUUCAGCAACUCAAGACUUACUCUGCCCUACCCCCAACAGUGCAGGCUCUGCUCCCACAGGUAGUGGCUACCAUGACGCUACAGAGCAAAGCCAGUCACAGACUCUAUCAGGUGGCCAUGAAGAUCAAGGAGAGGCAACAGCGCCAGCAGGACAGGAAUCCGACCUGAAGAAACAGGGUGAAAAUAGUACGGAAAAUUGUAAAAUGACUUCUGAUGAUACAGAAGUAGGAGAGGAGAAGAAUAGUCCUCCAGAAAUCUCUCAUCCGGCAGAGUUUAAGGUGGACAACAACCACUUACUACUCCUCAUGAUCCAUGUAUUCAGAGAAAAUGAGGAGAAGCUGUUUAGGAUGGUGAGGAUGAGUACAGGCCAUAUGGAGGGAGACCUGCAGCCUCUUUACCUGCUGCUGACUGACUGUUACAUCUACCUGCUUAGGAAAGGUGCUGCAGAGAAGCCUUACACUGUGGAAGAGGCUGUUUCAUACAAUGAGCUCGACUACCUUUCAGUCGGACUUGAUCAACAGACAGUGACCAUAGUUUGCACUAAUCGAAGAAGGAAGUUCCUGUUGGACACAGCUGAUGCCUCUUUGACUUUAUGGUUCUUGUCGGUUCUAAAGACAGCCAUGGUGAAAGGUUGUCGUGAGCCUCCAUACCCCUCCAUCCUGACUGAUGCUACCAUGGAAAAACUUGCUCUCACCAAGUUUAUCUCCCAAGAAUCUCACUGUGAGGUUCCUGAAGUUUUCAUACAUUUGUAUUCACUGGUCCACUGGGAGGAUCCCAUGGAUGUGGCCCUGUCUCCCCAAGGUGACGCUCCAAACCAAAAAUUACCUUCCAGCACAAAGGAAGGGGUGGUGCAGUACAGGGCGGGAUCCACAUACCUGGGCAAGGAACUGUGGAGAAGCUGCUACCUCGUCCUCAGCAAUGGCGUACUGUACCUCUAUGCAGAAAGAACCGAUGGGACGCCUGUGCUCUCAGUUACUAUGGGUGGAGAAUACUGCGGAGGCUGCCGUCGCUCUCACAGCACAGAGCGUCCUCAUGCGUUCCAAGUCAUCCUGACAGAGCGCCCCCCCCUGGAACUCAGUGCCAACAACGAACAGGACAUGGCCGACUGGAUGCAGCUGCUCUGCCAGUCUGUCUCUAAAGGAGUCAUCCCUCAGGGUGUGGCCCCCACCCCAUGUAUCCCAUGUUGCCUGGUAGUGACGGACAGUAAGCUGCUGACGUGCCAUCAAGACUGCCAGACCAGCUUCUUCCGCUCGCUGGGCAGCGCCGACAUCUGUGAUAUCAUGGCCGUCAGCGUGGAGGCCGCCAUGGAGUACUGCGUCAUUGAGUUUGUCGCAGACCGAGACCACUUCCUCCCGCCGUGGGUCUUGUACUUCAGUGGAUGUGAGGAGCGGGAUCGGCUACUGCAGGUGUUGGACACCGCAUGGAGAAGCAUAUUCGAGGUGGCCCUUCCCCACAGAGAGGUGACGGAGCCGUCAGUGCAGAAGCGCUGCAGUGAAGCUCUUGCUUUGAUGAAGAGCGCCUGGCAGCGUGCAGACAGUUUGGCCCGAGGCCGAGCGCAGCGUGAGCCGUGGUGCUGACACACACACGCACACGAUUGUCAGUGAUACCACCCUGACAUGAGUUCAGAAUAGGUGAAGGACAGUACCGGCUGAAAUACUAAAGAUAAAGACCACAGAGGAACCCAUGGUGGAUCCUUGGUUCCAUUGAUGGAACCUUUCUUGUCUGUAGCAGCACAAGAAAGUGUUGCUGUUAUUACCUAAUGGAUGGAAUGAACUUGUUAAUGAGUUUGCAUCUACGAAAGUGAACGCAGUAUUGUAAAUGACUUCAUCGUGACACACAAUUGUCUGGCAUAGGUGCUUGCUGCACAGAAAAGUCACAUCCAUUUCCAUUCUUCCUGUGCGUAUUAUACUCUUGUUGACUGUAGUCACACAUCCCCACUCAACUGUAUAGCGCUGCAUAUUUACCCAUGAUAACUUAACGGCUGCAGAGACACCUCUGUAUGCAUCACACUUGCACUGUUACACAUUUUUUUCAUGCAUCUGGCUUUUUAACCACCAUGUUUUGUUGUCGUUCUUGAGAUGAGAGCAACACACUCGCCUUUUUCUCUCACUUGUGAACGCUUGCACAUUGUUUUGACUAACGGUACGACAGACUUGUAUUUGUACUGUAGUGUCGGCUACCAUCACAUGUGGUGUGUGUCCUUAAUGCAGCUGUCAUUGUGAGGCUCAGUGUAGACAUUAGGAUUCCUUUGCAGCGACAAUGUUGCCUUUGUGUGACAGCCUUGGCUAAACAGGAUGUUGAAAUGAAGCACUAUUUUUUUGUAAUAUUUAGUAGUUGCCUUACACUGCACAAUUCACAGAAACCUCUAAACAGUCACUGAGGUUAUUUUUUGUAUAGUUUUUGUCUUUAUGUUGUUGGUCAUUAGAAAAAAACAUUAAUUCUCAACAGGCAGAAAGCCAACCCAACACACGCACAUUAAGCACAUUAAUUUCACUUAUAUUUAUCUAAGUCCUGUCAUGUCAAGUGCUUUAAAUCGUUCCAAGUGCCACUUGAUAGCCCUUUUACAAAAAAUGCUAAUCUCAGGUGAAAGCGGUACUCAACAUCCUUUAUUCACCAUUUCCCCCCCCCCUUUUUUAAUUUGCUGCUGUUUUAUAAGUCUCUUUUUAUUUCCAUAGACAUUGUAUUUGCAAUGGAGUAUAGAAGAGGGAUUUUGUGUAUUAACCCCAGAAGGGAAAAGCGAUAGAAAAUGAAUGAAUGAAAGAAGACAUGCAAGGUUAGUGUCUACAUAAGGUAUUCAUACUCAUUUUAAAUAACUUAUUAUAAUUCAUGUCAGCAAAAAAUGUGCAUUUCUCCAGCAGGUUGCCUGAAGUUUUAUUUAAAGAAACAUGAGUUGAGAUUGCUAUGAGGUCAGAUGUUUUUAGACUGUGAUAUAUUAAAAAAAAAAAAAGUUAAGUAAAUAUAAUACAGAUAGAUGCAGGUUGGACUUACUUGAAAGAUUUUUUCCAAGUUUAAGUAGAGUGUAGAAUGUGCUCAGAUGUCAAGUCGAUGAAGUCAGUGUUGUAUGCGACACAUUGCUGGCCAAUGAUUAGUGACAUCAUUUCCGUGAUCCUCUGGAAAAAAAAAAGAAGAAAAAAAGCGCCUUUUGAUUCCUCUUUUUAUUGAAAAUAUCCUUCAAGUAAAAGGUGUAUCAUGUUUUAUGGGGUUGUAAAUAGAGCAAACAGAACAAAGAUGUGCAUGUCUAGAGGUUUUUAUACUGUUUAUUGUGGUGAUGAUUGGGGGGGAGUAACCUUUUGAAAGAAAAGGCGGAACAGAAUAAAGUACAGAAAAAUGCACAAAACAACAAUUGUGUG